UACAAACAGUUGAGAGGUGUUGAGACAAGCAGAGCGCGUGCAUUUCCGUCGCCAAUCAUGGGCGCGUGUGGGGUCUCGCCCUUGUCGAAAUUGGGCCUCCAUAACUGGCUUCAAUUUUUCCCUCAGUCAUUUGGCGUGUCUGUCCACACCCAAAAAUCUCUCUCUCUCCUCUUUCUUUCUCUCUCUACUUUCUCUCUCCUUUGCCCUUCACCGAAGCAAUUGCAUUUGCAAUUUUGCACCUCCAUUUUCCAUUAAUUCACAUCGAGCAGUCAAAUCUUCAAAUAAACUAAGAAAGAUAAAAAAAUAAAUAAAUAAAUAGAUCGAAAAAAAAGAAUACCGAGUUGCACAAAUCCUUGAUUUGCCUUUGACAGGAACGCAACUGUAUUCAUCGGAGAUUUAUCGAUUCGUAGUGUUUAUAUUCGGUUGCAUGGUUGUUGUUUUCCCCAUUUUCUCCUGCGUAUAUUGGUUUUAUUAGAUUGAAGCAGAGAUUUAAAUCUCGGGUGAAUCACCACUUAAUUUUAUUGUGAUUUGGAACAUUUUCCCCGCCAUUUUGUGGUGGCGCGGGGGCAAAAGACGAGAUGUCUAGUUUUGUGGGAGUUAUUGUUUCCGAUCAAUGGCUUCAGAGCCAGUUCACGCAAGUCGAGCUUCGCGGCCUCAAAUCCAAAUUCAUAUCAAUCAAGAAUCAGAAUGGUAAAGUUACGUUUGGAGAUUUGCCAUCUCUGAUGAUGAAGUUGAAGGGUGUCAGUCACACAUUUAACGAGGAGGAGAUUAGGCAAGGAUUGGGAGAAUCAGGUCGUGAUAUUAACGACGAGGUAGAAUUUGAAGACUUCCUCAGGUCAUACUUGGAAUUGCAAAGUAGAGCGAGCGUCAAAUCCGGGAAUUCAAAGACCUCUUCGACCAUCCUUAAAGCCACCACAACGACCCUUCUUCACACUAUCAUAGAGUCUGAAAAGGCUUCGUAUGUUGCUCAUAUCAAUAGCUACCUCAGGGAUGACCCAUUUCUGAAGCAAUUUCUUCCAAUCGAUGCAUCGUCAAAUGCUUUAUAUGAUCUUGCUAAGGAUGGAGUCCUUUUAUGCAAGCUGAUCAAUGUUGCAGUGCCUAAUACAAUAGAUGAGCGAGCUAUCAACACAAAAAGAGUACUCAAUCCAUGGGAAAGAAACGAGAAUCACACACUUUGCCUUAACUCUGCAAAGGCUAUUGGAUGCACAGUAGUCAAUAUUGGCACUCAGGACCUUAUUGAUGGAAGACCUCAUCUGUUACUUGGAUUAAUUUCUCAAAUUAUAAAGAUCCAAUUAUUGUCAGAUCUCAAUCUCCGAAAGACACCCCAGCUCUUGGAACUGGUGGAGGACAACAACGAUGUUGAGGAGCUCAUGGGACUUGCACCAGAAAAAAUUCUGUUGAAGUGGAUGAAUUUUCAUCUCAAGAAAGCAGGCUACAAGAAAACUGUAUCAAAUUUUUCGUCUGAUUUGAAGGACGGAGAGGCUUAUGCUUACCUGCUGAACGUACUCGCUCCAGAGCACUGCAGUACUGCAACCUUAGAUGCAAAGGAUCCCACUGAAAGGGCUAAUUUGGUUCUAGAACAUGCAGAGAAAAUGGAUUGCAAAAGAUAUCUAUCCCCAGAGGAUAUUGUGGAGGGAUCAUCUAAUUUAAAUCUUGCUUUUGUUGCACAAAUAUUCCACCAGAGGAAUGGAUUGUCCACAGAUACCAAAAAGGUUUCUUUUGCUGAGAUGAUGACAGAUGAUGAGCUAAUGUCUAGAGAAGAGAGAUGCUUCCGCCUUUGGAUUAACAGUCUUGGGAUUCUCUCUUAUGUCAAUAACUUGUUUGAGGACGUUAGGAAUGGGUGGAUACUUCUGGAAGUGUUGGAUAAAGUUUCUCCAGAAUCUGUCAACUGGAAGCAGGCAACAAAACCCCCUAUAAAAAUGCCAUUUAGGAAAGUGGAGAACUGCAACCAAGUCGUUAGGAUAGGGAAGCAGUUGAAACUCUCCCUUGUAAAUGUAGCCGGAAAUGAUUUUGUCCAAGGGAAUAAAAAGCUUAUACUUGCUUUCCUUUGGCAGUUGAUGAGGUUUAAUAUGCUUCAACUUCUGAAAAAAUUAAGAUCCCGUUUCCAAGAAAAGGAGAUUACAGAUGCUGAUAUUCUGAACUGGGCCAACAAAAAAGUGAAGAAUUCAGGCAGAAAAGCUAAAAUGGAAAGUUUCAAGGAUAAGAGCCUUUCAAAUGGGUUGUUCUUUCUUGAGCUUCUCAGUGCAUGUGAGCCACGAGUUGUUAACUGGAACCUUGUAUCCAAGGGCGAAAGUGACGAGGGGAAGAAACUGAAUGCAACCUACAUAAUUAGCGUUGCAAGAAAGCUCGGCUGUUCAAUUUUCUUGUUGCCCGAGGAUAUCAUAGAGGUAAACCAAAAAAUGAUACUUACACUGACAGCAAGUAUUAUGUACUGGAGCCUUCAGCAGCCCGUGGACGAAUCAGAGUCAUCACCUGCCGCCAGUAGCCGUGGCGGUUCUCCGGAACCUUCCAUUGACGAGAACCCAUCCCCUGCUUCAGGUGCAGCUGCUCUUCCUUCACCUUCAACCAAUGGCUCUGCUUCUCCAUCUUUUGUCCCCACUCCCGAUCUGCUUGUCGCGAAAGAUUCUUCAGCAUAUUCUCGUGAGGCUUCACCUGCACCUUCAGGGAGCGUAGUAGAGGAUGAUUGCUCGAUUGUUUCUGAAAUAUCGAGCCUUGCCAUUGAUGACACAGCUUCGGAUUCUGUCACAUCUUCUGCACAAGUAGACGAGCCACCGUCUGAUACUGCAACGUCUGCUUCAAUAGAGGGGAAUGAGGAGAAAGAAACUGCAGAGUGAAUAGUAGUUGGGUAAUUUUGUUAGGGACUUUAGAAAUAAAAAUAUUAGGUAUAUUAUAUCAUAUAUAUAUACUUCAAAAUACUUGUAGGUCAGUUUUCUGGGAUGAUGAAGUCCUGUUUUGCAAAAGCUUUAUACACAUAUAUAUAUAUAUGCUCUCAGUUUUACAAAGGGAACAAAAAAAAAUUAUACACAUGUUUUUUUUUUUUGGUUGAAUUUUGCUUUGAGAACCGUUGUCAGUUUGAUAUAAAUCGUUUCAAUCAAUUUUUGGCCUGUAAAUCUUUGCUAAUUUAUAGCAUAAUACUUGAUCAUGUCAUUGUAUUGCAAUUAACUUCGUAUCGCGGCUACGUUCUUGAUUUCUUCAUGUGUUCUUUUGAUCUUAG